GCAUAAGGGAAAAUCCCUUAAAAAAAGGGAUAACUUGGCAGCUAUGGCUUCCGGCAGUAUUAACACAACAGUAUUAACAGUAACAGUAUUAACACAAGGCUGCGUUGCAGGAACUCAGGAGUGCGGGCGCGGCAGGACGAGCGCCCCCAGUUUCGGGAGGCUGCGGGAGGAAGAGAAAGGCUCUCCCUUGGGGCGCCAAGACGCCGCAGCCGCAGAUAAAUCUGCUUCAGGAAGAGAUGGGCAAGUCCAGCCACCAUCAGCAUUAAAAAUCCUACAACAGCAGUUGGAUUCAUUUCAAGCCCUUCGACAACAAACUUUGCAGAAUGUCAGCAUGGUUCAGUCUGAAAUCAACCAUAUACUUAAUAAAAAUGUAACUGAAAUGAAGAGUCCAGAAUUUAUUCCAGACAAUUUACUUUUGACCAGCUCACCUAUCAAUACUACUAUGCCAAGAGGGCAUCAAGAAGCGCUGUUGUUGAAGAAAAAACUUCAUCUUGGUAACAGACCAGGUUCCAGUAAUUGUCUACAAACCAAUUUCAACACUGUAUUUGGAAAGCCGGUCACAGGUGAAUGCAUUCCAGAUCAGGUUCUAUCAAAAUAUAUAGCAGUUGAAAACCAUGCCCCAACAUGUAGAAAUAAAGGUAUUCUGCCUCAGAAUACUGACCAAAUAUUGAAGAGGUCUGCCAACAACUUUUCCUCCCCAUCUUUUAUUGGUCUGGAAGCAGAAGAGAUGACUCUUCAAAGGGAGAAGAAAAAUCAGGAUGAACCCAAAGUGUGCAUGGCAUUCCGUAAGUAUGAGGAGGAAGAGGAAGAGGAGUCCUUGACUGAGAGUGUGAGUUCUUCUUUCAAGGAUACGAAAGAGGACGACAAAAAGACCUGUAAGCAUGAACUAUUUACUUUUGAACUUCAAAACUCUCCUAAUGUUAUGAGUGGUAAAGACAAUGAUUCUGGUUAUCUGUCAGAACAGGAUCUAAUAGAAAAGGGAAUGUCAUAUGAGGAUUUUAAAUCUAGGGGAAUUUCAGAACUAGAGGAUUCUGAUGAGUUGCAUAUUAAAGAAAAUAUUGCACAAGCAGCAUAUGAUAGAAAGCGCCAGAUGAAUUUCCUGUCCAAAUACAGACCAACAAAGAUAGACCAACAAAGGCAGCUGCUUAGCACAAACCAAGAGUUCAGAAAACGCCAGGAAUUCUGUGAUGCUGUGUCUGAUGAAUAUGUUAAAAAAGUUAGAUGGUUGGAUACAUCUGACAGAGAACCUGAACAUGUCUGUAAUAAGGUGAUGAGCCAUGAAGAUGAAAAUGAAUUGAAACCUCUUACUGACAUUAUACAGUCUCUGACAGAGCAAAAUUCAAAAUAUCAGAAGCAAAUCAAGGAUUUGCAUGAUGAGAAGAAUAGCCUUCAAGAAAGGCUAGUUAAAUCUGAUGAAGAUUGCAAGGAAUGCCUUAAAGAAGUGAAAAGACUACUGAAGAAAUGCAAGGAGUUUCAACAGCAAAAGUCAGCUCUGGAAGAAAAGCAGGAUCAGCUUUAUUCUCAAAAUCAACGUAUGAUGUGUGAGAUAAAUGAUUUACAACAGAAAGACCAGAAAACACAGGAAACUUUGGCUUUUUCCACACAGGAAAAAAGCGAUCUGAUUGUGUCCUUAAAAAAAUUGGAAAAACAAGUUUCAACCCUUCAAGAAGAAAAUAAGAAACUAGGCGGGGAAGUACUUCAGCUAACAGACAACAAGGGUUUGUUGGAAAAGGUGGUUGGAGAAAACCAGAAUGAAAUGCAACAACUGAAGAUAAAUGAGAAGACUACGCUAUCAAAUCUGGAGGCUCUUAUUAGGAUGACGCAGUCGCUUAAAGAUGAAAAACUGAGUCUUGAAAAGGCAUUGCAGGAGGUGCUCACUGCGAAAGAAGUCCUGCAGAAGGGGCUUGAAGAGGCCCAGUCAGGCAGAACUAAUGCUGAGGAAAAACUUCUGAUGGAACGUAAAAGUACAAAAAUAGAAAUCGGAGUUUUGAAAACUAACUUGUCAAACAUGGAACGAGAGUGUGAGAGGAUGAGAAUGGUAGUAGCAGACAUGACAGAUGAAAACCACGUUCUUAAAAAGGAGCUGAGUGCAUAUAAACAGGAGGCUUCUGAUUGCAGAAAUAAAACAAGAAUACUGAGCGAGCAGCUCCUGCUGAUGGAAAAUGAAAUACGCUCUACGGAGAACGAGAGAGAUGUGUUGCAGUUUGAAGCACGCCGUCUCCAAAAGAAUAAUGCUAGCCUCAGGGACCAAGUUACGGCUUUGGUCGAUCAACAAUUUAAGCAAAGGCAUAAUUCCAGAAGCCAAAAGCAAAACGACCAAUUUGCAGAUUCCAGUGAAAUCUGUGAAGAAAUAUCUAGCUAUCAGCAUAUUUCUUUAAUACAUAACUCACCAGGUAUGUUUUGCUUUUUGAUAUGUAAAAUUCAACUCACUUCUAAGUCUUUAUUAUUCUGAGGGAAAUGGUAGUUGGUAUGAUCCUUAGGCUUAAUGUAAAAUAAAAGAAUAAAUGCUUAGAUUAAAAACAAGAAGAAAUCACUGGUAAUGCCUGAAAUUUUAGGGUGCAAUUCAUCAGGCCUUUC